AUCUGUGCCAACCUCUAGUGGCAUCGAAAACUAGAGAACUUGAAAACUACCGAGUACAGUUUAAUUGCAAAUUAAUAUCGUACAUGCUAAACGAAUGGUUAUUUCUUAUAUUUCUGCUUAAACUUUCUCGUAACUUAAGUAUUCGCGAUUUAAAGUUUCUAAAAUAUCCGAGUUCGAGGUUGUGGGUUAUCCUGGAUUAAARAUGAACGAAGAAGACAGAAGAGCUCGCAAUUUUUUCGCUCUAAAAGAAAUGUUAGACGAACAGCGAAAGAAAAGGACGAAAACAAACAACCAAAUAUUCUACACUGCUUCGAUGAUGACUUCCAAAACAGCUCAUGUGAAGUCCUCAAGCAUGCUCAGGAGAAGUAUAUCAGAUUCGGUUGAACGUAAUGUUCACAGAGCUGCAACUCUUCAUGAGGCAUGUCGGGAAGGAUUAUACGAAGAGGUCACGAGGCUUCUCGAAGACAACCCGCUAAUCAACAGUCUUGAUGACAGGGGUUUUGCCCCAUUGCACUAUGCGGCUCGGUAUCAGAGGACACAGAUAGUCUCAUUGCUGAUUGAUAAUGGAGCUGAUAUCAACGUGGGCUCAAGUUAUGACCAGCGUAAUCUGACCCCACUACACGUGGCAAGCAGAUUUGAUGCUUUGGGCGUGGUGAAGGUUUUGAUAGACAAUGGAGCUGAUAUGGAGAAACAAUCUGUGUUUGGGCAACAUGCACUACACUAUGCAGCACAAAGAGCCAGUGUAGAACUGAUUGAGUUGUUACUGGACAAAGGAAAAGUCAACCCGCACGUGACUGACAACGAAAACUUUACAGCGUUACAUGUGGCUGCUCUGUGUGGACGAUUGGACGUCAUUAAUGUUCUAUUGUUACACGAAGCUGAUCCAUGCAAGAUCGACUGUGACAAAUGUACGCCUAUUCACUAUGCAGCCAAGGAGGGUCGGGCCGAUAUUUUACGAGUACUCCUCAAAACAGCAUCAAUGGCGGGAAAGUCAUGUCAUGAUAUCUUAAAUACUGACUGCAGAGAAACCAACUCAAGCCUUCAUCUUGCGGUACAAUAUGGCCACGUUGAGGCUGCAAAGGUUUGCAUCGAAUAUGGCGCCGAUCCUUCGGCCCCCCAGGAAUCUCUGGAAACUCCUUUACACGUGGCCUGCAAUAACGAUUAUAUAGACAUGGCAUCUUUACUUGUAUUCCAUGGAGCAGCUAUCGAGGCGAAAGACAAAGAUGGCAUGACCCCGAUACUUAGAGCUUCUCUUUCUGGACAAGUGGAGAUAAUAGAUCUUCUGUUAAACGAGGGAGCUAAACUUUACCCAGCACCAGGGUCGGACAUGCCUAUACCACUUCUGUGCGCCGUGAAUCGCGGACAUCACGAUGCUGUCGCGUUUCUUCUCAAGCGCGGGUCACCGAUCGACUUGCGUGACACAAAGUAUCGAACGUGUCUUCACAUUGCUGUCUAUAGUGCUGAUAUCAAGACAGUGCAAGUGAUACUACAGAAUGGCGGAGAAAGGUUAUUAGAUGCGAGGGACAAAGAUGAUAAAACACCACUACACUACGCUGCAGCAAGAGGAGAUAUCCAGAUUCUUAAUAAAUUAUUAUGCGCUGGAUCACAUGUUGAUCUUCGAGAUGAGGACGAAAAAAUUCCUUUGCAUUACGCUUCAGAGAAUGGGAAUCUAGAGUGCGUGCAGGUUCUGCUUAAGAAGAUGCCCUCGUCGGUUGAUUGUCAGGACUCGCGAUUGAGUACACCGCUGAAUUACGCUGCUGCAGACGCCAAUCAUGUAGUCGCUCGGUAUUUGAUAAACAAAGGAGCUGAUGUUGAUAACAGGGACGAUAAUCAUGUAUCUUCAUUAAUCCAAGCAGCGAAGUGUGGAUGUCUAAUCACAGCACGAGUCUUGCUGGAGAAAGGAGCCAGUAUUAACGCUGUAGACAAAGACAGAAACACUGCUCUCACUACUGCAGCAAGUAACGGUAAUGCCUUAUUCGUUUCCAUGGUUUUGGACCGAGGAGCAGACRUUUCCAUAGUAACAGCAAAUGGAGAUAACUGCCUGACCGCCGCGAUAACCGCUGGCCACAAAGAUGUCUGUAUGGCAAUUGUAAAACACGAGAGGUGGGAGGAGGCGUGUCAGUUUGAAGACUGUAAUGGAUAUCCUGCGAUCAAAAGCCUGAUUGAAAAGUUUCCUGACGUUGCCAAGGUUGUUCUAGGCAAGUGUAUCUCGUCAUCGGGUCACCAAGAGAACGACGAAAAGAUGGAGGUUACUCAUCGGUUUGAUUACCUUGAUCCUGAGCCCAACAGAAGGACGAUUUCAAGUGGUAAAAAAUUCUUUGCUCCUAAGUAUAUGGUGGAGGGUGUGCAAAAAGACUUGCUUUUCCAUCCACUCACUUUGGAACUGAUCAGAUAUAAAUGGAAAUUGUUUGGGCUUCGAUUUUUUUAUGCCGCCGCAAUCCUGCACUUGAUAUUCUUGAUAACACUGGGUCAUUAUGUCAGCUGUCAAAGAUAUUUGUUCAACCAUCGACGCUUAAACCAGACGAGGACUAUUGAAGAUGAAAAACUACAGCAUUAUUGCACAGCUCAAUCAAUCGCUGGAUUGGAAUUGGGCAUUAUUGCCAUCUCGCUAUUCAACCUUUGUAUUGAAGGCUACCAGAUGUACACUGAGAGAUGGAAUUACAUCGAGACGAGUAAUGUUGUGGAGUUGACAACCUUCUCCUGUUCUUUGAUAGCCAUCUCCCUGCGACUGAACAGUAUAGAGGACGAAUUUUAUUGGAGUUUAACAGUUAUUUCAGUAUUACUGGCGUACCUGACCAUGCUACUACAGUUUCAAACGUUAUUUCAGUCUGGAAUAUAUGUAACUAUGCUGUUUGAAGUAUUAAAAACGGUUGUCAAGGUUGUAAGUCUUUUCACGAUAAUAUUCAUCGUCUUCGCUGUUACUUUUCAUUUGUUACUUUCAAGAAAGAAUAACAGAGCAUUCCUUGGUUUGCCAUACGAGAAUGGGACAGACAUUACGAAGGAUCCAUUUGGUACUAUACAAUUGUCAAUCGUCAAGGUAAUGGUGAUGACGAUAGGUGAGAUCGAGUACAGUAGCUUUUUCAUCGAUGAACCAUUGUGGAUGACAGAUACCGCUCGUAACGUGUUUUUGUUGUUCUGUAUCAUCCUACCAAUCGUAUUAAUGAACCUCAUGAUUGGUCUGGCUGUUGGUGACAUCGAUUCAAUCCAAAAGAAUGCAGAACUCAAAAGGCUUACCAUACAGAUCGACUGCAUUUAUGAAUUUGAAGAGAAACUGCCCUUUUGGUUGUUAAAGCGUUUUCAUCGAUCCAAAGUAGUGCUGAAACCCAAUCAAAAACCACGAACAGUGUUGCAAAAGCUGAAGGGCCGACUGAAUAAACGUCUGUUCAGUACGACCAACAAAGCACCUGAAACCGACCUAUCAGAAGCAUGGCAAAAGAUGACAGAGGAACUAGACAAUAAACUACAAAUAAACGAAGAAAGAAUGCAAUAUCUGAACAGUGAACUGAGCCACCAGAAGGAAAUCUUAGAAAAGAUAUUAUUGACUAUGAACCCAGCUGACCAGGACUAACUUGUCUGGACUGCAUUAUGUUAUGGAGCUUGGAACAUUUAGGAAAUAUUUCCUGCAGAAAAAGGAGCCUUUUAGCUGUACACCAGUUUUCAUGAACAGCACUUUAUCACUAUGGCACUAGUAUUAAAAUCACAUCCACAAGGAAUUUCGAUGAUUGUAGUUGCCGAUGUUUAUUUAAUGUUAAAUAUUCAGAUGUAUUCCUAGAAAUAAGUUAAAUAAUUAAUUUUGUCAAUAUACAGGCAGUGUAGUCACAUAAGUCCAUAAAUUCCAUGAUUAUAAAUGAAUAGAUUAUAGUAAAGGAACAAUAAAAAGUAGGGGGUUAAAUGUU